GCGGGCCGGAGCGAGUUCCGCAUUCCCAAACCCUCCCAGAUAGCGAUCGCUAUUUAAACGGGCUGAUGCAACGAUUUCCACUUUUUAAAAUCUACAGCCGGUCCUCAGCUGAGCAGAAAAGAGAAUAUCGCUCGGACUUAGCAGCGAAGUCUGCAGCUGGCUCUGCCAUGAUGCCGGGACAAAUCCCAGACCCCUCGCUGACGACGGGCUCCUUGCCCAGCUUGGGCCCGCUGGCUGGCAUCUCUGCCACCACGCUAACGGACCAGCUCAAGUUCGCCGACCUGCGCAACUUGGGAGCCAUGCUCUCGCCGCUGCAUUUCCUCGGGAGGUUGGGGAAGAGGCCCGCCCCGCUCAAGACAGAGAUGGAUGAGGAGGAGGAGAGACGGAAACGGAGACGGGAGAAAAACAAAGUGGCAGCGGCGCGAUGUCGAAACAAAAAGAAGGAGAGGACAGAGUUUCUGCAGAGGGAGUCGGAGCGCCUUGAGGUGAUGAACUCGGAGCUGAAGGCCCAGAUCGAAGAGCUGAAGAACGAGAGGCAGCAGCUCAUUGUCAUGCUCAACCGUCACCGGCCCACCUGCAUCGUGCGCACAGACAGUGUGAAGACCCCAGACGGGGAGGCCAACCCCCUGUUGGAGCAGCUGGGUGUCCAGUGAUGGGCAGCUUGGGCAAGGGAGGGGCUUUGCAACUGUUGCCAUGGUGACUGUGAAAGGAGCAGCGACAGCCCGCAGCACUUAGCUCUGCAUUGUCGGCUCGAGUGGGAGGAGGACGGGUCUGAACGGUGGGAGGCAGAGCGCGCUUUCUAAUGGCCGAGAGAUGGAGAGCCUCUCUAGACGGGGGUAGCUCCGUGUGUUGAGGAGCUGGAUGUUAUUAGCCAUUUCGUAUGUAUUGUCAUCACUAUCCAGCACCUCAAAGCUCCUGGCAGUAUCACUACAAAGGAACAAAUGAAGAGGAAGAGAAGCACAAGUGGCCGAUGUUGAAGACGACACUCUAAACCAACACGGUAGUUCUGUCUCAGGUUCUCAGACAGAAGGGUGACUUUUUUUUUCCUGUUAUUUGUGGAUGCAUACUUGUUGAAAUAAGCAGUUAACUAUAUUUUAAAAUAUGGAUUUAUAUUCUGCCCUCUGAUGGCAGUGUCCGGUUGAGCCGAUUCUGUGGUGACGCAGGCGUCAAAAAAGCACAUAUGUAUAUUCUUUUUUUUGUCAUUGUUAGUUCAAUUCUCAUUGUAUUUUUAUACCGCCACAUAUUAUGUUACGGAAAAUGUAUAUUAUCACUAGAUGUGAUACAUUUUAUAUUUCUCUUGCAA